CUUUUCGUCACCGAUAACUUGCGAAGACCAUGGAUUCGGUCGUAACUCCGGGGCUUCGGUAUCCAAUAACUUUCAAACCAACGGAGAUAUGGCCACAUUUACGAAUAAUCGCCGUUAUUAUGCAUAUCAGUGUUGGUUUUUCGCCAGCUGGGUACGGAGCUCUGUUCACAACUGCUCUUAUGGUGACAGAAGGUCUCCCAAAACUUUACUCAAGGUAGAAAACGGGUUCCUGUCAAAAUACACGGGGUAAUAGGAGACUUUCCUAUAGGUUGUCGAUUGGCUUUAAGUUUAUUCGCGGUAUUUUGGCAAUCACUGGGUCCACAAUCAACAAAUCAGAUUACUAUCCCGCAUUUCGUACAGUCUCUCAAUAUUCGUGGGCUCACCCAAAAUAUCUCCUUCUCCUGUUAAAGCUGGGCGCCCACCCUCUAUCGGAAAGCUUUAUCGGUAUAUCUUCUCAAUCCAACUCGCUUACUAGCUCGAAUUUCAAAAUGACAGACAAGGAAACAAUUGAGAAGCCGACGAAUUCAUGCACAGAAAUUUCGGCCACAAAACGUCCAGUAAACAUACCGCAAAACUCCGAUAUCGAAAGUGUUAAGUUAGAGAGCUCAAGCUUACCCGACUCGUCUCAAACACCCGAUAACGAGCCCUCAGACGAAAUAUACAACCGUGUAUCACCAUCUCGAAAAAGAAAUAUAGUAGCACUCCUUUCAUUCUGUAGCUUUUUAACCACCAUCUCAAGCACCAGUAUCCUCUCUGCAACCCCAGAAGUAGCAUCAACGUACAAUGCUACGAACUCCAUAAUUGAUCUGAGCAAUGGAUUAUAUCUUCUUUUCUCGGGGCUUUCGCCAUGCCUUUGGGGUCUAUUAAGUCAAGUCUACGGUCGUCGCUUAGUUUGUUCCCCGUUCCCAUAGUUACUUUUUCGUAUCUUAUUUCUGAUUUAUAAAACAGAUUUGUAUCACACUUACCCUCUUCUUCACUGCCUUCUUCCUAGGCACAGCACUUGCACCCAACAUAAGCUCCUUCUUCAUUUUCCGCAUUCUGACUGCGUGCGAGGGAACGCCAAUGCUCAUCAUUGGUUCGGCAUGUAUCAGUGACAUUUACCGCCCCUCAGAACGAGCAACUGCAAUUGGUUGGUUUUUCUCAGGGACAUUGAUAGGACCUGCCCUCGGACCAUUCAUUGGCGGUGUGAUUGUAACAUACACGAGUUGGAGAGUUAUUUUCUAUCUUCAAGCAGCGCUUGCUGGGGCUGGUAUGUAUAUUGCAGAGACACUUCGAUUAUUCCUUUGCCUCGCCUAAUAUGUGCGAGGACAUACAUCCAUAUUCAGAAAAAUAUACUGACUCCAAACCAUCAAUCCAUAGCCCUAAUCAGUACCAUUAUUGUCCUACCUGAAACAAUUCAUCGUAAGAAAAGCGUGGACCUAGCCAAUCUUCCUCUGCGAGAGAAAGCAAGGAUCCUUUUCAUAUUGACAAAUCCUUGGCGAGUCAUCAAACUGUUUCGCUACCCAAAUCUCCUCCUAGUCGGUCUCGCAACGUCCAGUCUGAUGUGGAACAUGUAUUCUCUCUCCACGCCAAUUCGCGACGUCCUGAAUCCGCGUUUCAAUUUGACGACGCCAAUACUGUCGGGUCUUUUUUACCUGGCUCCUGGUUGUGGUCAUAUUUUUGGAACAUUCUUUGGUGGGCGAUGGUGAGUUAUCAAAGUCAAUGUUCUACUUAACUGAUGAAACCUAAUGACUUCAAAAUCGAAACAUAGGGCAGACCACAUUACUAAGCGCUGGAUCCAGAAACGAGGCUAUCGAAUUCCCGAAGAUCGCCUGCGCUCUCACCUGCCUUUCAUGGGCGUAAUAAUCCCUAUCUGCAUGCUCCUCUACGGUUUCUCCAUCCAGUAUCGCUUCGGCGGUAUCGCGCUCCCUGUGAUUGCGAUGUUUGUCCAAGGAGUCGCACAAAUAUUUUGUUUUCCAAGUUUGAACACAUACUGUCUAGAUGUGAUUCAGGAGCGAGCAGCAGAGGUUAUUGCUGGUAACUACCUGAUUCGCUUUCUUUUUGCUGCGAUUGGGAGUGCAGUUGUAUUACCUGCCGUUGAAGAGAUUGGUGUUGGGUGGUUCUCUUGUAUCAGUGCAGGGUGUUUGGUGCUUAGCACUUUGGGGACGGCAGGUGUUGUGAGAUGGGGAUAGGGAUGGAGAGAGAAGAUCAAUGAGAAUGAGAGGAAAUAGGCCAGUAGAUCAUGG